UUCAUAUCGAAAACUCUCACAUCCGGAGAACCGCAUAUUUCAAAACAAAGGGCAGGUCGGUCGUAGUUCUCGCUCGUCUAUCCGCUCCGCAGUGCCGAUGGCCGAUGGCAUUGAUAGAUUCUAGGGCCUGAUCAUUGCAAACGCCGAGCAGUGGAUGUGUGUCAGUGUUGUAAUUCAGUACAGUACAGAGCAGUUGUUGUGUUGUUACGCGCAUUUCGAAUAAGGAUUCAAUAUUUUGUUUCUGUUUCAGUUUUUUCCUUUAUUAUUUUGUCAAUUUCAAAAACUAGACAAAGUGCGUUUUUGAUACCUUCCAUAAAAUUCCAUAAAGGAAAAGUGUGUUUUGUGUCCGGAUUGUGAAAGAAAAAAAUGUUAGAAAAAUAGACAAAAGGAUAAUGUCGUCUUGUUGACAAAUUUUAUAUCAAGAAGAAGAAGAAGAAGAUAAACAUCCCAAAGGGACUACGAAAAGGAAACAAAGUAGAAAUAAGAAAACGAAAAAAUAUUCAAGUAAAGUUGUUUAAUAUGUCAUCACCAAGUUCAAGUAACACAGGUGAUAAACAAGUACCUGGAGAUGAUGAUGGUGGAUCGUCACAACAACGUGACAGGAGUUACAGAGAGGAUGUGGACGAAAUUGAUGCAUUAUUUAAGGAUAGCAAUAUAAAAGAUAUCAGCAUAUCGGAAACCCAAGGAGUUCGUUAUGGCAAAUGCAAAUGGUUCAAUGUGGCAAAGGGAUGGGGUUUCAUUACGCCCAAUGACGGCGGACAGGAAGUGUUUGUACAUCAGAGUAUCAUCCAAAUGACCGGUUUUCGUUCACUAGGCGAGCAGGAAGAUGUUGAAUUUGAAUGCCAACUUACAGAACGUGGUCUUGAGGCUACACGAGUGUCAGGACGAGAAGGUGCCGACUGCAGUGGAAGUACAUUCCGCCCGAGGCCAAAGAAACGAUACCGUCGAGUUCGUUGUUAUAAUUGCGGCGAAUUCGCUAAUCACAUCGCUUCAAAAUGCCAACUAGGACCACAGCCAAAGCGGUGUCAUUUGUGUAAGGGCGAAGACCACUUAUUCGCCGACUGUCCCAAUAAAAAGACAACAACCCAUGACAGCAAACAGAAAGAACAAGAAGAAUCAGACGAGGCAACCUAAUAGAGGGUGGUCAUUUUUAAAGUACAAAAAUCCUUGGACGAAUUCAAGGACUCUAUACACCGAUAUUUUUCUUUUUUUUAUAACCUUUAAAUGAAAAACAAAUUUCCCCGAACUAUAACGGCCAAGGAUUCGAAUUUUUAGUUUUAAACUAAAUAAAUUAUUAGAAGGAAUUUAUUAACUAUUUUAAAAUUGAAAUUCUAUAUAUUUAAAUUUAUUCGAAAGAGAAAAAGAGAGAUAAAUAGAGUAAAAGAGAGUAAAAUGCAUGCAAAUGUUUAAUCUUUCUUUUUAUUUUUUAAUUGAAAGAAUAGAGGCAAUGCAAUUUAAUAUAUAAUAUACUACUUACUAUUAUAAUAAAUAAUACAUUUUUCUGAUAAAUUUAUUUUUGUAUUUAGACAUAGAAUUGUAAACUAUUUUUGUACGUGUAUAUCUUAA